AUGGAAUGGCUGCUAGACCAGUUUCAGGCUAAGGGAGACAUGGGGCUUCUCCAAGGCCAGCUGACCCACGCUCUGGCCUGCAGACACUGCCGCAGCAGCAUCUGCCUUCAAAGUCCAGGGAGUCUGGGACUACAGCUUCUGUACCAUUUAGCCUUCCUUGAUUGCCUGUGGAAGCAAAAGUCAGAGGAGGAGGAGGAAUAUGGGGAAGAGAAGGCAGAAGAAUCAUCAUCUCUGGAUCCACUAAAACCAUAUUCUCCUUCCCAAGACACUCGCACUGGAAAUGAAUUCACUGCAGCUCCACCCCAGCCAUCCUGUAGUUCUGAGGGCCUCCCCGAGGCCACAGAGUUAAGAGAACAAGUACUCAUGCAACCUUCAAGCCCUUCCAGAUCCUUCCCUACCUUCCAGAUCCUGACCAACCUAUCUGUGAGGAACAAGAUAGCUUCAGGAAAUUGCCUACAGCAGAGAAAAAGCCAGUUCUUCUGGGGUCUUCCCUCGCUACACAGUGAGUCCUUGGAGACUAUUUUCCUGAGCUUAGAUGGCCCUUCUCCACUAAAACUGUCUAUUUGUCCUUCUGUCUUUUUCAACAAGGUUGCCUUCCUGCCUGUGUACAACUUGUUGCUUCCCUAUUAUCACUCCCCAACUUACUAUCCUACCCCUGAAGCCCACACUAUGAGAAAUCUGGAAGGAACAGCAGCUGGUUCUCAACCAGAUUUUCUGUCAGAAGCAGAAAAUGUUAACCCCAAAGGAAAACAUCCUGCACCAAAGGACUUCUGGGGAAGUAUGGGAUAUAGAGAGAGCCCACCUGUUUCCAGGUCUCCAGUGUCAGUCCCCUGCCCUCCUCUAAACACCCUGUCAGAACACCACAGGCCCCUAGAGCAUCUGUCCACAUACAAGCCUCAACAGCAACACAGAGACAACUUGGGCAAUCUCUGGGCCUUUGAAAUCACAACUUUGAACUUCAACAUGGGGUUCUAUGAAGCCAACCCCGCAUGUCUCUCCCUGGGAUCUGAAACUCCACUGAAGGGUAGAUCUGGUACAGAAAAUCUCUGUGUCUAUAUAGACCUAGUUUCAUCUCCUAGCCUUCCUUCUGCCUCUCUGCCAGACUUUGCAAUAAUGGGUCAAAGAGUCUUUUCAGAGUCUAAAGUUUUAUGGGAGACAAAGGGGCAGAGAAAGAAUCUCUGGGUGUCUGACUCCCCAAGUCCUGCCCACAUACCUCUAGCCCCCUUUAUAGAACCACAAAGAAUCAAUACUGUGGAUGGCUUCUCUAGAUCAGAAGCUACAUGGAAAGAUCCUGAGCAUACAAGAAAAUGUUUGUCUUCUGGGCCUUCAUAUCUGAACCUCAACCCAACCCCAGUUCUUGUACAGCCACCCCUCAGAGCUAGCCCCGUAGAGAACCUACUUAAAUCUAAAAUGUGUUGUGGGGACACUCAAAGGAAAAAUGACUUCUUGGCCUCUGAGCAUCUAGCUCAGAGCUUAUCCCAGCACCUGCUUGGAGCCAGCUCCUCAGGAGUCCUAUCUGAGCCUGCCGGAGGGUACAUGAAGCAGAACGAAAACUGUUGUGUUUCUGCAUCCUCGGUUUGGGAAUCCAGUCCACCUCCACAGUCUGUUUUGAAGUCUCACAUAAGUGAGCUUUCUGGAGAUCCGUGCAACUAUAAGCCUAUGGAGUCAGCAGGAGAGCAGAGAAAGGACUCCUGGGCCACUGAGCUACCAGACCCCAGUUUUCUCUCUGCUCACCCCAACACCGAGUUUAUAUGUAGAAAUGUACAAGAAAGACAGGCCUCCCAGGCCCCCAGUCCUCCAGUAGUAAAUCCUCUGCAACCAACAUCCUGGACUCCCAUUCAAGCUAAAGCCCUAAAGUCUGAGUUUAUCCAGCCUGGCCUACAGAAGGAAAAGAUGUCCUCAGAAGCCAAGGCGAAGGCCCCAUCUUCCCAGGGUGGGGCUGUCUCAGGGGUGUGUGACCACCCUGUGAGCCAUGCCUGGCAAUGGAGUAGAGAAUUAAAGCUCAGACUAAAGAAACUACAGCAGAGCCCCACUUUCAAACCCCCAGACCCACAUCGCCCACUUUGCGGCUCCCCAGCUCUUAAUCCAGAAUCUUGGGGACUCUCCUCUUGUCCUCAACAUCAGACUCAUCCUCUCAGUCUGCACCCCUGCUCGUCAAGUAGUGGUCCCCCAAAAGUUCAAAGGACAGAACCUCAGCCUGUCCAGGCCCCUCACUGCCCUCACUCCUCUUCUAGCAGAGCAGAACAAGAGUCUCAGAAAAACAAGAGGAUAAAAUGGAAGGUAAGGGGCCAGACCCCAUCCCCAGGGGACGUUCACAUGAAGGUUAAUGAAAACUGCUCAGGAAUGGGGGAGCCCUCAAAUAUAGUGGUUCUGGUCUCUAGCAAGAGACAGGACAAGACUUCAGUUCUAUUUUCAGCCCAAAAGAAAGGGAGUCCCAGAAAAUUCAAAGCAGAGAAACGUGGAGGGACUGCAAGAUUGGGACCCUCCGUCACAAGGAAAAACCCUGCCCGGGCCUGCAAACCAACAGAGGCCCCUAGACACAGAUUUCUUAUAAAGUCUCAGUACAGAGCUCAUCGUUCUCCACACACUGUUCUUGCUCAGCAGCUUCUCCCAAAUGCGGCUGGUUCCCAGGAUCAACAAAGGGCAGGCCUGGUAGCUGGUGAUAUCCAGAAUCCUCGCCAUCAUAAGCACUGUCCUUGGGCCCCCAAGGGGAAGCAGCUCCCAUCCUCCACACGCCAUAGUCCCCCUACCAGAGGUUUUCAAAGGUUGUUAGCUAAAUUUCUAGGUGUCCGUAGACCCUUGCCAACUAAAUCGUCAGUAAAGUAUGAUAGUACUGGCACCCAAUAUCCUCCAGUGUGA